UACUCUAACCUGUUCCUCUCCACUGUUAGCUAUACUCUAACCUGAUCCUCUCCACUGUUAGCUAUACUCUAACCUGCUCCUCUUUACUGUUAGCUAUACUCUAACCUGCUCCUCUUUACUGUUAGCUAUACUCUAACCUGCUCCUCUUUACUGUUAGCUAUACUCUAACCUGCUCCUCUUUACUGUUAGCUAUACUCUAACCUGCUCAUCUCCACUGUUAGCUAUACUCUAACCUGCUCCUCUCCACUGUUAGCUAUAUUCUAACCUGCUCCUCUUUACUGUUAGCUAUACUCUAACCUGCUCCUCUCCACUGUUAGCUAUACUCUAACCUGCUCCUCUUUACUGUUAGCUAUACUCUAAACUGCUCCUCACCACUGUUAGCUAUACUCUAACCUGCUCCUCUUUACUGUUAGCUAUACUCUAACCUGCUCCUCUUUACUGUUAGCUAUACUCUAACCUGCUCCUCUCCACUGUUAGCUAUACUCGAACCUACUCCUCUCCACCCAAUACUCUCAUCCAUAUCAAACAAUUGCCCUUCCCAACUUCGCCCCUCUUCAAGUUACCAUGUUGAUUCCUCUCACCUGGCUAGAAUGACUUCAUCAGUGUUAUGGUGAUGCUGGCAGCAGAGCAGACAAGCUGUGUGUGUGGGUGUCAUCUUUGACACACAUCUUUGUUUUUAAUUAUUAUCAAUCCUCUUCAGAAUGCUUCGUCUGUCUCUCUUGGCGUUUCUGUUUUAAUUUUUCCACUGAGGUGUGUGGAAGUACGUGCGUGUGUGUGUGUGUGUGUGUGUGUGUCUCCCCUAGAUUUUGUGACCCCUCUGCUCCUCACCUGGAGCCACCUCUCCCCCUGUCACUCACACACAGGAUUACCCACCUACCCCCCCCCCCCCCCCUCGACCCAGCGCUGUCAAUCAUUCGCCAGAUUAAGCACUGACAUCAUCAAAGCGCUUUUGUCAGAGCAGAGGAAUGCAGGCGUGCACAGAGGGACGUGGACACGGGCACAACAAUGUCCAGUAUAGGCAAGACAAUGUGUGUGUUGUUACACCCCUGCUCAUACUGUUUGCCUUGGAUGUUGGCUACAGAAACCAGGCCUAAUAUUAUCACUUCAUAAUAUAGUCUCUUUGGGCCCUAGAUGUUAUAUUUUGGAGUUUUCUGGCUUGACUGUCAGGUGUUUUUUAUUCUGGGGCAGUAAGGCUUGGCUUACUGGGGCUGUGGUUGGUGGGUUUAGGCUGUGUUUUGGCACUGUUCCCUGAUUCCCUAUAGGAGUACUAAACAGCUUCUCUCUAUAGGAGGAAACGUUGGCCUCUUCAUGAUGUUGUCACAGCAACAGGCAUGUUACCACGGUUCCCUUCCCACUGGGGCCCAGAGGUCUGAUAAACGGUGCUGGGACGUCUCUGACACACAGACAGCUGACAGACAGACAGACAGGCACGCAGGAAGUGAGUCAGGGAUAAACGUGUGAGAGAAAUAGAAAAGGAGAAAGACAACAGGAAUGAGUGACUGACUGACUGACCGACUGACUGACUUGGUCAGGAAGAGGAGGAGAAAUAGAGGGAGGGGGAAGAGGACAGAAGAGUGGGAUUGUGCAAGGCCAACAGUGGAAACUCACAGUAACAAUGAGGUUUAUUUAUCUUAGAUAGCACCAAUGCUGAAAAGACCCAAGUCCUAGGUCAAUGGACGAGAGGAGAGAAAGAGAGAUUGGGAGAAGGGAUAGAAAUAAGCAGGGAGAGAGGGAUGAGAGAAUAGAGAAAAGCAUGCUGGGACGUAGGGAAAAGCAUGCUGGGACGUAGGGAAAAGCGAGAGACAGAGAAAGAGGGAAGCACCAAAGCAGGGAGCAACUUUAUUCUAUGGUCUUAGGGUGUUUUGUGAGGGUGGGCAACUUGACUUUGGGGUUAGCACUCUAGCCCUCCGUCCACCACCCCUCCCCACGGCCCCACUUGGCCGGCGAGCCUCGUUCUGGUGCCAAGAAUGUGCCGGCGUUUCUGGGUGGCGGCCAUAUUGGAAGCCUGUCUGACAGGUCCAUUGUGCCCGUGUCAGAUGGCCUCUGUGAUUGGGCAGUUGUGUCCAAUCACGUUUGGCGGCUGUGUUCCGACGGUCUGUGCUGGUGAGCAGACUCCUGUCCUGUUGGGCUGCUAGGGUCUGUUAACGCCACUGUUUUGUUUACUACCACAACGUGAGGGGUUUUAAUCACCAGCAGAAAUAUAACAUGUCUUCUCUACGGUCAUAGACAUAUGCCCAAUAUUAAGGAAAAAAUGCAAUGAUAAAAUGUGUUUAAGUUAAAAAUGCUAUGAAAUUUGUAAUUUCAACAACAUAUUAUAUUCCUUACAUGCACUGUAUAUAUCAAGACUCUCAGUAUCUUUCUCUGUCUCUGUUUCUGUCUCUGUCUCUCUCUCUCUCUCUCUCUCUCUCUCUCUCUCUCUCUCUCUCUCUCUCUCUCUCUCUCUCUCUCUCUCUCUCUCUCUCUCUCUCUCUCUCUCAGACCAAGUCACGGAACAUCCUACGGAUCGGGCUGCACUCGCUCGGCUCCGCCCUAUGGGGUGACGACCUGUGUUGCCGUGAAAACCCCAGGCACGGCCACGCCCUCACCACCUUCCUUUACGGCCUCCGGUCCAUGCUGAGGUCAUCGCUCUCUGUCGCUGUGGUUACC